AUGUCGGCCCGUUUCCGGCUGGGCAUGAGCCUCGCCCAGGCCUGCCAGCCUGUCCCCGUCCUCGUCCUCGUCCCUGUCCCGUCCCGUCUCAUCCCCGUCCCGGCAGGUAAGUCCGCUCUCCUGCAGAAGGCCAUCGCUGCCCAGAUUAGGGCCCAGCUCGCCCUGCCUUGGGUCCCGCCCACCUGCCGGCUGCCCCUCCUCUGCCAGACACAGAGCGCCGGUGUGAGUGCCAGUUUCCGGUCGCAGGCCCUGAGUUUGCCACACGCUAAAGGCCUGGGGAAGCCUCCGGUCAAAGAGGUGGCAGACUAUUGCCGGGAUUUCCUGCCUCCUGUGACUGCCCAGCCUUCCCAGCAUGCCUCAGUGCCCGCCUCCCUGCUGGAGCGCCACGCCCUGGACCUCAGUGCAGCCCAGGAGUGGGAGAACGAGUGGAACAGCCAGGGCUUGCUCACCCGCCUGAGCCCAGAGGCGUAUCGCUCCAGGAAGCGGGCGCGGCUGCAGAAGCGGGUGGAGGAGCAGCUGAGGGCCGCCGCCCAGCCGCGCUCGAACGCCCCGCUCGCCCCGCGCUCCGGGCCCGACCUGGCCGAGCUGCUGCAGUCCAUCGGCGGGGCGGGCGCCGGGGGGAACGUCCUGGCCAAGGGCACGCGCUUCACCCACACCGAGAAGUUCACCUUCACACAGGAGCCCGAGGCCUCCAGCCAGCAGAUGGCGGUGGCGAGCGCGAUGCCCAGCUCUCGGCAGUCGGAGGAGGACCUGCUGGCCCAGCAGCAGGACGAGAUGCAGGCCCUGCAGCAGCAGCUGCAGCAGCUGUCCGUCCGCAUGGAGGAAGUGGGCGGGGAUAUGAAGCAGCUCUCCGUGUCAAUCACUCAGGUCUCAGAUGAGCUGAAACAGAGGGAGCUCAGUAACAGUGAGAAGGAGUGCAGUGUGAGGGUGAAGAAGCAGACCAUCGACCUCCUGCCCGACGCUGAGAACAACCUAGCCAAGCUACAGACUCUGGUGGAGAGCAGUGCGAAGCGUGUGGUGAGUCUGGCGUCUCAGUGGGAGAAGCACAGGGCCCCACUCAUAGAGGAGCGCCGCCGGCUCAAAGAGCUCUGCAGUAACAGAGAGCUGGAAUCAUCCCGCAAGCUGUCCGAAAUCAAGGACCUUCACGAUAAAAUCCGGCAGUCUGCAGACGAGGCCAAGAAGAAGGAGGGACUCUACAAACAACUGAUAACGGAGUUUGAGAACCUGCCCAAAGACGUGUCGCGCUCCGCCUACACACAGAGGAUCCUGGAGAUCGUCGGGAACAUACGGAAACAGAAGGAGGAGAUCACAAAGAUUUUGUCGGACACAAAGGAUCUUCAGAAAGAAAUUAACAGCCUCACUGGCAAACUGGACCGCACUUUCGCCGUGACCGAUGAGCUGGUCUUUAAGGACGCUAAGAAAGACGAGUCUGUGCGCAAGUCCUAUAAGUACCUGGCUGCCUUGCAUGAGAACUGCACCCAACUGAUCCAAACCAUCGAAGAUACGGGCACCAUAAUGAGAGAGAUCCGCGAUCUGGAAGAACAGAUUGAGACAGAGAACGGGAAGAAGACGGUCAGUAACCUGGAGAAGAUCCUGGAGGACUACAAGGCCAUUCGGCAGGAAAACUCUGCCCUGGCAACCAAAAUCAGAGAGGCUUGACGUGCGGACAGCGUGCCACGGUGCGCCUCCUUGGUGCGUGGAGGUAUAACUGCAGGCAGGGACUCGCCGCUGACCACAAAGCCUGGGAACAAGCUCCACCUCCUGGCCUCGCUCGUCCAAUCACCCGAAGGGGUGGGACCUGUCAUGUAACGCUGUGACUUACGCAUCACUGACUCUGCAGAAAUGCUGGAUCCCUUACCUGCUGGAUCCCUCGCCUCCUGGUGUCUGAGCGUGACGUUUCGAGCUGGUAGCGGGAAAGAAAUGAAGAUGGGUGGAUAUGCAGAAAGAUAGAAAGGACAGGGCUGACAUCACUCCGUGUCUGGAGGUUAAGCCAAAUCAGGCUGAAACUGAUCACGUCUUAUGUUCAGGACAACAGCAAGCAAGGGUGUUCCCUCUGGGAAACGGGGAAUAACACUGACUGAACUUUAAUUUACUCUGCGAUGCAUUUUCUCCUCUUUGCCUACGCAUUUUGACGGUUGAGGUGAGAUAUGGUGGUGGCGAAGGCUGUUCUCUGCUCAGAGUCUCUGUGGUGCAGGCAGGAGAGCCAUGGAGCCCUGCCUUCUGCAUUUCAUUUCAUCAGCAGUUCUGAUUCACAGCGCUGGCUUUGCUGCGCGGUAACGAUUUCUUUUUUUUUGUUUUGUCCUGAAUCAUCCAACUGGUUGAAAUGAAUGCCCGCGUGACACUUGUGUUCCCAGCCAAUCAGCAAAUCACUGGCGAAUGGUUAGCUCCACCCAUUUUGUUGCUGAAAAAGCCUUGCCUGCCCAACCAGCACUCCUUACCUGUCUGUUUACAACCUCUGUGCUACUUUGAUCUGUCCGUCUCUGUCCCUGCCUGAACUUGUGCCGUUUGAGUUUUAUUGCUUUAUUGGAGCCUUAUCAGAUUUAAUUUCUUCAAUGACCUUAAUGUUGCAGUAAUGAAUGGGCUGAACUGGCCUUCAGGCUUUAGGCCUGUGUCUCCAUGCUCUCCCAGGGGUCCAGUCCGCUCCUGCAGGGUCACACUGAACCCUGAGCGAGAGAGAGAAGGAGAGGGACAGACUGCUGGCAGACUUUUUAAAAGUUCCUCUUACUUGUUUUUUUGCCAUUGUGUAUCGUAACUGUGACUACCUUGAAUUUAACCGAUCAAAAUGUUUUUACUUUCCAUUGCAAAGCAGUGAUUGGCUGUGAAUAAGCCACUGAUUGCGCUUCACUAAAUCUCACAAUUCUGUUAAUAAAUUGCACCAUUAACUAAUCUUAGUCUUGUUAAUGAGCCCGUCUUCUCUAGUCUCAUAACUUCCUUUAAUUAGCCUUAAUGAGGCUUGGCCUUCAGAGCGUGUUGAUUGGAUUAGUAGCUCAGGCCAAAGGUUAUUGCUGAAGUUUGGAUGAGAGCUCUCCCAGGCUUGGUUUCUUAUUUAAAUGCGGCAUUGAUAUUAAUACUGAAAUGAGAUGCAGAUUCAUAAAGAGUUAACGAGUUGUAGAUACUUAUAUGCAAUGUUGCUACAUGAUACUGAUCACGUGCAUCUGUUGAAACCACUAGCAUCGAUUCAGCAUCCCACUGCUAUUGUGGGGUAGUAUCCUUAGUUUUGUUGUUUCUUCUGUUAUUAUCUGUGCACAUCCUCUCUUCUUCCUCCCUUUCUCUCUCCCUACCUGGCUCUCUUCCUCCCUCCCCCUCUCCCUCUCCCCCUCCCUGCCUGUCAGUCAGGCUGGAGUCAGUACUGAAUAGACACAUUCUCCCCCUUCAGUUCCGCCUUCAUACCGACGACGCUGCGCAGUCGCCAUGGUGACAGGGUUUUUAUUGCAGGACAUCCUCUUGCCGCGGCGUCACAUGCCCGUCAUCUCGCUCACCACCGCAGGUCACCUCCCGCUUCUCUCCGGCACGUUUUCAGCUCUAAUCCCGCGGCUUUUCGGCUGCUGCUGUGACUUCGUGUUUCUGAACGGUCAGCUUUUGUUGGCUGUCAGAUGGGCUCAAGAACCAUGAUGAGUGUAACUGUGACAUAUGUUCUGACUCAUGUCAUUCUGUGCUGAAAUGUGCUAAGAGUCAGGAGGUACUUGCCAGGGCUGUUAUGUUAUCUCAUAAGAGUCAAUAGUAAUGGCCGUUUCUCCACUUAAGCUCGUGCUGGAAAUGUGUUAUCUGUUUUUUGACAGCGCUGUCCCUUGAAAUUAUGACCAUUUGAAUUUGUACAAAAAAAAGUUCACUUCAUGUGCCAUUAUCUUUAUGUAUUUACAACAAGAUAUAAAAAAUCGGUCGAUUUGCAUUAAUUUAAAUCAGUUGCCCAAGUUUUUGAGAUAUUUAAAUAAUACAGCAAACUUAAGUAGCCGAUGCUUAAUUAUGCUGUGAUUUGUGUUUGUCUCUGUUCAUCGCUCCUGUGGUCGUGUCGGUUGUUUCAGACAGUGAGAGUCAAUGCUCCUGUUGACUAAUCCCAUGUAAAGAUGUACUGAACAGACCCUGCAUUGUCAGGCCAGGAGGAAGAUGGUGGCUCGUUGCUCAACUCAAUUCAUUAAAGCGAUUAAUUUAAUCCA